GAGAGCCAUUUCCGGAGCAGAGCAGAGCAGGCAGGCAAGUGGGUGGGUCAGAGUCAGACAGGCCAGCCCGCCACGCCGUCCCGACGGCCAUGGCCCAACCCUUCUCCCCUCACACCCCGUCCUCAUCCUGGGUGACUCGCCGCCCUCCUACCUCGACGUCCUCACCGUCCGCCUCCACCACGAGAACGAGCGCCUCUCCUAUUCCGGGGUGCAGACCGCGCCGCAGGGCCGUCGCGCCGGCGGCCUCCCUCCACCUCGGCCCCGGGGAGAUCGCCGAGGUCUCGCGCAACAAGGUUUUGAUUGCGGCGACGGUGGCGAGCGCGAUCGGGCAGCUGUCCAAGCCCUUCACUUCAGGCAAGAAUGGGGGCGCCGGCGCCGGCCUUGACCUCAGGACCAUAUUCCGCUCUGGAGGGAUGCCAUCUACCCACUCCGCGAGUGUUGUUGCAGUUGCUACUUCGCUUGGGCUAGAAAGGGGGUUUGCAGACUCCGUAUUUGGAAUGUCAGUGGUGUUUGCAGCCAUUGUAAUGUAUGAUGCUCAGGGAGUUAGAAGAGAAGUGGGCAACCAUGCCAGGGUUUUGAACAAGUUUUGGAUCCUCAAAGAGAAGGCACCUCUGGAGUAUUCUGAAGUGGACAUGGCUUCUGAGUUUGUUUCGGUUACCGAGGAGGUGAUUUCAAAUGCAAGCCCCUCGAAGCACGGUUCUAGUACAGAAUCACCAAGGGUGAAGGGGCUCCAUAGUUCAGAACCUGAGGUAACUGAGGUGACAGAGCUGAAGCAGGCUUACAUAGAGGAGGAUUACCGGUUGAGUGAAUCUGUUGGCCACACAGAGCUUCAGGUCACAGUCGGCGCCUUGUUAGGUUUUGCUGUAAGCUUAGCAGUAUACGCGACACUGUAACACAGAUUUUUUUUUAUAUUACUUUCUUAAUUAGUUACACGUUUACACUUUUACACAAAAAUAACAGAAUCGAUUGAUUAUUCCCACCAUUCAAUCAGAGAUGCCUAAGCUCGUUUCACAUUAUUCUGUAACCGAACAUGCGAGAUCUUUUUGUUUUUCCUAUAGAUAAGAGUGAAGUGAAUGAUCUGUCAUGAGAUGA